AUGCAACUCCAAACUUCACCAAAGCAACACCAGCUCCUCCCCCAACUACUUUCAUCAGCACCUCCACCCGAGGACGACCUGGUCAUCAAAGACGUCGAGAGUCUGUCUUCUUCCUUCAUUUGUUUCCAUCCCAAGAUAUUUUGCCCUGCUCAGGUUGAUAUCGUAUUUGAGAUCAUCUACCUUCACAACUUGCUUCACUCCAGAGGUUCAUUCACCCGCUCUGUCUACCCUUCGCACCAGUUCGAAUACCCACCAAAGACGUCUCAGUCAUCCAGCAUGUCUCACUACGGCCACCGUCGGUCACACCGGGCGCGUGGCCCAGAUGCGACACCAAACCUGCUGCGCCGCCCAGAGACUAUCCGCGUUGAGCUCCCCAACGUGGAAGAAGAGGCAGUGUACUACAUGAAGCACCCGGAAGAGCACCCGCACAGGCUUGCGGUACAGCAGAUUAUCGAGGAAGAGACGUCUGCUUUUGCAGCUCAGCAAGUGGAGUCCCGCGAGGAAAACCUCCAGGUUCAUUCUGGUGAGCAGUCUCGUGAGCAGACUGAGGAAGAGACCAGAGAGCCGGAACCCCAGGAGCAAUCUCAAGAGAACUCCAUGGAAGAGCAGUCUUGGGAACGGUCCCAGAGUCAGUUGACCGAGCAACCCCUGGAGCAGUCCCUGGAGCAGGCUGAGGAGGACUGUCCGGAACUGCAACCCAAGGGGGCGUCCCCGAACACAUUCCAGAAGCAGGAACACCAGGAGAAGCCUCAGAACGAGUCCAAGGAGGGGCAAUCCCAUGACCAACUGGCACAGCAGCCUGAGCAGCAACUGGGACCGCUGGCGAUUGCAGACAUGGAGCAGCACCCUGAGCCCGACGAGCCAGUAGCAUACAUAGUACAAGCCGGCCGGAACGAGACCGGCAGAGGCAAAGCGGUACCGGACCACAUGGUGGCUGUCUUGAAAGAGCCAGGCUACCACCACAAGUGCGCCGACCACCACAGCACCUGGUGCAGCGAGUGCGCUUUCGAUGGGAUAGCGUACGCAUACUCCCUCAAGGGGACACACGUUGUGGACGCCGCUCUGCGCGCCCGAGCCGAGGCAAUCUUCCCAGAGCUCGACCCGGUGCUGACCAACGUCGAGGCACUCCGCAAGGAGCCGGGUCAGACGACGAGGUAUAUCCCGCAGUGGGACAUCAACCUGAUCGGCCCUUACGAGUACAAGCGGAUCAGCCCGGACUUUGAUCAGCCCGAGAGUCCCAAGACACCGGACGCGUUGAAGACGUUCUUCUGCAAGGACUGCAGGGGACUGACUUGGCUGUGCAGCUCUACAUUCUUAGAGGAGUCUCGAACCCACCCGAGCCACCAUUGUGCUUACAACUACGGCAUGGAGGCCGGGAAUAAGACGAACGAGUUGUCAGGAUCUGGAACGGCGAGGAGCAUACUGGUUCAGGCCAUCGGACUCCCGUUGCCGGCAAAGUCGUCCGCUAACGGCGGUGCCGGCCUGGGCCUGUUCUUCGGCCCAGAGUCGGAGCACAAUUGCCAGCUCUCUGUCUUGUACAAGGACCUGUUCUCUACCGAAGGGGGUCCAGUUCCCGAUCGCCCCUUCGAGAAGAUUGAUGACAACAACGGUCCCACCCUUCUCGCAGUUUCGAAACUGCUUCUCCAGAUGAGGGACACUGUGGCCCCGGAGCACCGCGUACGAGUUGAUGCGGUCACGGAGGGAAACAUGCGUCAUGCGCGCAUCAAAGCUCGCCGCGUCCGGCUUAUCAUCGAAACAGACUCCGAGUAUAUCGUCGACCUGUUUACCAAGCACUGGGGAACGAAGUAUGUGGAAAAGAACAAGCAGAAUCCCACCGAGCAACCCAGCGCCAAAGCGACGCAGGACCCGGUGCCACCAGCCGGGCAAAUGGACGAAAACAACCCCCAGAAGCACGCCGGUGGCCAGCAGGACGCGGCACCUGAGAACAAGAAACACAAAAAGAAGAAGCAACACAAGAAAAAGAAGAAGAGCGUCGCGGAGAAGGAGGCGACCAGCCAAGCUGCCCUAGUACAUCAGGAAGUCCUCAAAAACUGGGGGUAUGCUGCGCGCAAGGAGGCGUCCGAGGCCAGCCCCGACUCGACCCGGGUUAUCUGGGACACCCGGGCCAAGCGGGUGAUACCGAACAACUCCUUUGUGCUCGGCAUUGUCUCCUCGCUCAUGAAGCUGCGGGAAGUGGGCAUCACCGUGUCGUGGUACCUCGUGCCGUCGGAGCAUGUCAAGGAGGCCAGGUACAUGGCCAAGAAGGCGGUGCAGGAUUACAAGGACUGGGUUAUCCAGGCUGAAGAGGCUGGAGUAGAGUAG